AUGAGUAUGAGCUGGAUAUUUCCCGUCAGGCUAGUUAGAGGGAUAGCGGUAAUAGUCUCCUCAACAAGUGGGCAUGGUUUUGAUGCUCAUCUACGUGGACCAAGCUUUCUAAUUGAACCACCAUCAAGAAUUGAAUUCUCAAAUUCAAGCGGAGCUUGGCUAGAUUGCGCAGCAACUGGGAGUCCAGCACCGAAUAUUGACUGGUCCACUGCAGAUGGACUUCCAGCUGGAGACGUACUUGGUGUUCGGCGAGUACUUAGAAAUGGAACUCUUGUACUUCUUCCGUUUCAAGCAGCAGCAUUCAGACAAGACGUCCAUAGUGCAGCUUACAGAUGUAUAGCUAGUAACUCAGUUGGUCGAAUACUCAGUCGCGAUGUACAAGUUAGAGCAAGUAAGAGAAUUUAUGGUAACUUUUAA